AUGGCCAACUACCGCACCAGACUGAGGGGCAUUGGCUGCCCAGAGUUGAGCAUAAAUGCUAUGAAAGAAAAGGAUGGUUCCCUGAACCACAGCCCAAACCAGGUGAAAAAGCCUUGGAAUGCCGAAGUCAACUACUGUCCUGGUUAUCCUGCAGGCGAAUCUAAAGAGAGUCUUGAGGCUGAAAGACAAGCACUUCUAGUGGAGGUGAAAAAGAAGAACCAAGAGCAGAUUAAGAACAAAAUGGAAAGAACAUUUGCCUAUAGAAGGCAGGAAAUUAUCCAGGAUAUGCCCUUCAUCACAGAGUUACGGAGCAGAUGGCCCGCUCUGUUUUCAGAAAGAGAGGUUGAUGCAGAAUUUGCCAGAAUCACCACUGUCCCACUACGGUCUACUUUCAUGUUUCAACUUGAUCGGCAUACUGACAACUUACUGAAGGUCUUCCGUAAGAAGGGAGGGGCAGCAGGACAGAAAAUUAAGGUCAUUUUGGCAGCAAUGGACAAGGAUCCAAGUAUUGAAAAACGGAGAGAUUGUGUGCUCAAAGCAGUGUCUGUGUACCUAAAUGAAGAUCCACAACAUCUCAUUAAGGAAUACAUGGAUCUUGAUCCUGGUGCAAAGAAAGAUAUGGAGGAAACGAUGAUGGGAGUCUACGUCAUUUGGCAUGAGGGAGCAGCGGACACUGAUCAAGCUGAGGAUGUCGGUAUCAUUAUAGAGGGAGUUGAAGUGCUUCAGGGUCUCAGGUAUUUUGCGAAUGGGUGUGCACUACUGCUAAAGAAGCACAUAAUUGAGGGACGCCAAGGCCUAUGA